AUGAGCCGAUAUUCACAUUUAGAAAAGUCGCUGCCGACAUUGAGCGAGAAGAUCAAGACCUCAAAGGUCUUGAUGGUCGGCGCGGGCGGCAUUGGGUGUGAGCUGUUGAAGAAUUUAACAUUGACUGGUUUUGGAGAAAUUCACAUGGUUGACCUCGAUACCAUCGAUCUUUCAAAUCUGAAUCGCCAAUUCCUCUUCAGAAAAGAACACAUCAAGAGGUCGAAAGCAUUGGUUGCCAAAGAAUCCGCAGCGAAGUUCAACCCAGAUGUCAAACUCGUCGCACACCACGCCAAUAUCAAGGAUCCCGAAUUCUCCGUGUCCUGGUUCGCAUCUUUCGACAUCGUCUUCAACGCUCUCGACAACCUCGACGCACGCCGCUACGUAAACCAGAUGUGUCUCGCCGCCGACGUACCCUUAAUCGAAUCCGGCACCACCGGAUUCCUCGGACAAGUCCAGGUUAUCAAGGGAGGGAAGACGGAGUGCUACGACUGUAACCCGAAAGAAGUACCUAAGAGUUUUCCGGUGUGUACGAUCCGUAGUACGCCGUCCCAGCCGAUCCAUUGUAUUGUAUGGGCAAAAUCAUAUCUCUUCCCGCAGCUGUUCGGGUUAGAUGAGGAGGAUGCGGGAGAUGUUACACAUACCGAUGAAGACAACAAGGAAGAAGUGAAAACACUCCGUGCGGAAGCAGAACAACUUAAACGGAUUCGAGAGAGCAUGGGUACGGACGGGUUCGCGAGGAUGGUAUGGGAAAAGGUGUUUGAGAAGGAUGUGGAGCGGUUACGGGGGAUGGAAGAUAUGUGGAAACACAGGGAGAAGCCGCAUGUACUCAAAUAUGAUGAUCUGGGCGCUAAAGUUGCAGAGGGCGAAGAGCUUGCCAAGCAUGAUCAGAAGGUCUGGGACGCAGAGGAGAGUUUCGCAGUCUUCAUCGACUCCCUCAACCGCCUCUCAACCCGCCUCACCGCACUCCAGAAGGCUGGUAAGGAAGGCAGCCCACCUCCCAUCCUCUCUUUCGACAAAGACGACACGGACACCCUCGACUUCGUCGCCGCCGCCUCAAACAUCCGUUCCCUCAUCUUCCACAUACCCACCAAAUCCAAAUUCGAGAUCAAGCAAAUGGCAGGUAACAUCAUCCCCGCCAUCGCUACCACGAAUGCGAUCGUUGCGGGCGUUUGCGUGUUGCAGGCGUUCAAGGUGUUAAAAGGAAAGUGGGACGAGGCGCGGAUGGUGUUUCUGAGUAGGAGGGCGGAGAGGGCGUUUAAUUCCGAACCGUUGCGACCACCUAAUUCGGUUUGUGAGGUUUGUGCUGUUGGGCGAGCUUCGAUCAAUGUUAAUUUGGAGCGAACGACGAUUGAGCAACUCGUGUCAUAUCUGACGGGUCCUCUGGGGUAUGGCGAGGAAAUCAGUAUCAUGACGGAUAAGCUGCUGUAUGAUGUCGAUUUCGAUGAUAACCUUGAGAGAACGUUGGGGGAGAUGGGAAUCACUGAUGGGACAUUUUUGACUGUCGUGGACGAGAACGACGCGGACGACGAUUAUGAAACGCGACAGAAUCUCGUUCUUAACGUCGCCAAUUCGCCGGAAGAGGAGCCUCAGGUGCAGCCGGCGGAUUGCUCUAUUCCACGGAAACCAAAACCAGCACCCAUGGCACAGGAGAACGACUCUAUCCCCGCAGAUGUUAACCCAAAGAAGCGAUCGCUGGAGAGUGAUGAUCAUCAAGAUGAUAUCAGGAAGCGCGGGCGCGUGGCGGAAGAGGAUGGUGUCGUCAGGGCUACGGAGACGAUUGUGAUUGAAGACGAUGAUGGUGUUAUCACUCUGGAUUAG